CCACGCUUUCCCUCCCCAUCGCCUCGUCCAAUUUCGAACAGUGCUAGAGAGAAAAAAGGAGGUCAGGCCAUCCUCCCCAAAUCUCCCUGGCCGUCGACGCCUGCGCGAGCGAACCCUGCCGAGAUCCUCGUCGAGGGAGAGAGGCUCCGCACUGCCGCGAUGCAGAGGAGGUGGCAGGUCUUUGCCCAGCCCGACGGCAGCCUCGCCUGGAUCCCCGUCGCGCCGCCCGCUCCUCCGCCGCUGCCGGGGCGCGCCGCGGGUUCGGCCCUGCCGACGGUGCCCGCCGCGGCCGUAGCCCCCGCCCCCGCCGCCUCUGGGGACGACGGCGCGCUGGUAGAAGAAACCCUAGGCGCGGGCGGCGCCGAGGGAGCCCGUGCCGCGUCCAUGAAGGACAUCCUCGUCCAAGCUCGGAAUAAGAUGGUUGAAGGUGACGGGAUGUCCGAAGCAAUUGUGGAUGGAGGAAAGGAUGAGCUGUUCUGCACUGGAUCGGGGAGAUCAGUGUCUGUCAGUGAGAGGACCAUAAGGAGAGCCAGAGCGUUAGUUGGUGAUGAGGCGGGGGAGACGAGUAAUAAGAGGAUAAAGCAACCGAUUGGUGAUGGCGCUGAUUUAGAGGGCGAAUUGGGAGGCAUGGAUGUAUCAUUUAGAGGUGAAGGGCAUAACAGUAGCAUGUCCCCAGUGUUCCAAACUGGAUCAGGAAAAGCAGUCUCGCUGAGCAAGGACUCAGUCCAGAAGGCAAGAGUUAUUUUAGAAGAUGUGGGAGGUGUGGACAGCAUGGAACAGUUUCCAUUAUUCCAAACUGGUUCAGGUCGAGCUGUAUCAGUCAGUGUGGCAUCUUUUCAGAAAGCCAAGUCUGUCUUGGGGGAAAAUAAUACGAGCGGAGGAAAUACAGAGAGUUUUGGUAGGCCUGACCAGCCUAUGAUGUUCCAAACUGGUUCAGGAAGGCCAGUCAUGAUCAGCGAAGGACCCACUGAGAGCUGUAGGGCUGCGGUGUUGGAGGAAGACGCUGAAAAGAGUGGACAUUGCGGUACCAACUGCCAGUUCCCAAUGUUCCAAACAGGUUUAGGGAGGCCUGUUGCUGUGAGCCGGAGCUCAGUUCAGAAGGCAAGGGCAGUAUUGGAGGAACAGAAUAUUAAAGAAACUGGACAUGGAGAUACCAGUGAUUGUCCCACAAUUCUUCAAACUGAAACACCGAGGUCCGUUUUGAUGAGUAGCAGCUUAAUCACGAAUGAUAGAUCUGUCACACCAAAGGGAGAUAGUACAAUGCAAGAGAAAAAUCAUGUGGAUGAUGACCACUUACCGUUGUUUCAAACUGGGUUAGGGAGGUCAGUUGCAAUAAGUAAGAGCUCAAUUAAGAGGGCUAGUGCAGUUCUGGAGCCAAGGAACAUUGCAAAGGAAUUGGAAGAUGAAGCUCAUUUACAUGGUGGCCAUGAUGGCGCUCUAGUGUUUAAAACUGGACUUGGAAGAACCAUCUUAGCAAGUGAGAACUCUAUAAAGAAAGUACAGGUUAUUUUAGAGGCUCAAGAAGAAGCUAAAAGUGUAAAUAAUGACAAUGGAGAAGCCUAUGCUGAAGAUGCAACGUUCCAAGCUGGAGCGCAAAAGUUUGUACCCCAAAAUGGAAGUUCAAGUCAUAAUGCCAGUAUCCUCUUUGAGCAAGGAAGCUUUGCGGAGAAAGGAUAUGAAGACUAUGGAAGUCAACUGCCGAUGUUCCAAACCGGAUCUGGAAAGUCGGUCUUGAUUAGUGAAAGCUCAGUGCAGAAGGCAAGGGCUGUUCUGGAGGAAGAAUGCAAUAUGAACAGAGAUAAUCAUAAGCUCCUUAACAGCAAGGACAAAAAGUUUCAUGUCUUUACUUCGCCUCUGAAGACAACCUGUGCAAGAACAGUAAAUAUAUCUUCAGUUGGAGUUUCUCGAGCUGCUGCUUUGUUGGGGUUGGAGGAGAAUACCCUUUCAACACAAUUUUUCGGACACGUGGGAGAAAAGCUAGGUACAAAGAUAACUGUUGAGCGGGAAAAUCCAGAACAGAGGCUUGGUACUGCAUCUGUUCAUGGAAUUUCUGGUGGUUGCUCCAUGAGUUCUUUCCCAACAGAAAACCAAGUACUUAAGGAACCACAUAUGUCAUUUCUACUUUCUAAUAGCACUCUCUCCGAUUCUGGUGAGUGUCCUAUCAGAUUCAGUACUGCAGGUGGCAGAUCAAUGGCUAUUUCUAGUGAUGCACUUCAACGCGCGAAAAGCCUUUUGGGUGAAUCAGAACUUGCGGUUUCGAAAGAUGAUUUAGUUGGGCACUCUUCGGUAUCUGUUUCUAAAGAUGAGAUACCAAGUUCAACUCUUGCCUGGAAAGAAGGUGAUCUUGAUUUACCAAAAAUAAGUAGGGCUGAGGGCAAAACUGAAUUAUCAACAUUUUCUCACGAAGCAAUUCCUGAGAAGAAGCACACUGGUUCCUUUGGAUAUGCUGUACCCGAUACCCUGGCGACCAAGGGAAAUGGUAACAGGUUUCAUGUGGGGAGUCAUUCAAUCAGUAAUAUCCCAAAGAUCCCGAAGCCUUCUUCCAGAUGUUUAUCUGAAUCAGACAAUGCAAGUGACACUAAGGACAUGGCUCGACGACUCCAUAUGCCAUCGGGAGCAUUGGUUGACAUCACUAACUUCAUGGGUGAACAUUCUGGAAAUAUCAACCAUGUUAAUAAUGAGAAGAGAAGAAGUGUGGGAAGAAAUUCUGCAUCCCCAUUUAAACGGCCCCGCUCAUCCAGGUUCAUCGCGCCUAUAAACACCAACAAACAGUCCUCUACUGGAGUACACAAACUGCCACCAACUCUGAUCACUCCCUGUCGAACAAAGCUUUCUGCAUGUUAUCCUUUUCAACAUAAAAGGAAAACUUGGAAAGAGUAUUUCGGUGGCCGUCCUUGCUUCAAUCUUUCGAAGGAACAUCUAACAGAUGAAGUAAAGCUCAUGGAUGCAAAAAGAGCUGAGAAGUAUACGUUCGAUAGCUUGGGUACUGGUGCAGAAGAAUUUCAGAAGAUGCUGCUUGCCUGUGGUGCUUCGUCGACAUAUGCAACUAAAGAAUGGGUGAGCAAUCACUAUAAAUGGAUCGUGUGGAAACUUGCUUCACUUGAGAGAUGCUAUCCAACUAAAGCUGCUGGUAAAUUCUUGACAGUUGCUAAUGUUUUUGAAGAGCUGAAGUAUAGGUAUGACAGAGAAGUGAACAAUGGCCAUCGGUCAGCAAUAAAGAAGAUUUUAGAAGGAAAUGCUUUGCCAUCUUUGAUGAUGGUGCUGUGCAUUUCAGCUAUUCACUCUCGUCCUGGCAUAAGCAAAUGUAAGUUGGAGGCUGGUAGAGCAGAUACAAACGAGGACAUCAGUGGCAAUAAAAGCCUGACAGCUGCUCAUAGAAACAAGUCUGCACAAAUUGAAUUAACUGAUGGAUGGUAUGCCCUAGAAGCUUCAUUAGAUGUGGCACUUUCCGAACAACUAGAUAAAAGAAAGCUUUCUAUCGGACAAAAGCUUCGGAUAUGGGGAGCUUCUUUGUGUGGUUGGACUGGGCCUGUAUCAUUUCAUGAGGCAUCUGGUACCGUCAAAUUGAUGGUCCAUGUAAAUGGCAGUUAUCGUGCAAGAUGGGACGAUACUUUGGGGUUCUGCAAGCAUGUUGGACCCCCGCUGGCAUUCAAGUGCAUAAAAGCUUCCGGUGGCCGAGUCCCUAGGACACUGGUUGGAGUUUCAAGGAUAUAUCCUGUUCUGUACAAGGAGAAGUUGCCCGAUGGUCGAUCUGUUGUGAGAUCUGAAAGGAUGGAAAGAAAGGCGGUACAAAUGUACCACCAAAGAGUAUCUAAGAUCACGGAAGAUAUUCUGUGUGAACAAGAAGAAAACUGUGGCAGUACUGAUGAUAGUGAGGAAGGGGCGAAAAUUUGCAAAAUGCUAGAGCGGGCGGCUGAGCCUGAAGUUAUGAUGGCAGGCAUGACUUCAGAGCAGAUGAUGUCUUUCUCCUCUUAUCAAGAAAAGCAAAAGGUAGUUAGGCAAAACAAAGUGGCCAAGAAGGUUGAAAAGGCACUGGAAGUUGCUGGCCUUGGUCCAAGAGAUAUUACACCAUUUUUGAAAUUGAGAGUGACGAGCCUUGUUCAUAAAACCACUGCUACAAAAACCACCAAGGAAGGGCUAAUAACAAUUUGGAACCCUACCGAGAAGCAAAAAGCCGACCUGGUGGAGGGACAAAUUUAUUUUGUCACAGGACUGGUGCCUUGUACCUAUUGUACUGACAUUCUUUACUUGCAUGCUAGAGGACCAUCUACGAUGUGGAAGCAGUUAGCAUCAGUACAGGCUAAAGAUUUUGAACCAUUUUUCACUCCACGUAAGGUGGUUGAACUGUCAUCAUUUGGUGAUGUACCACUUGCAAGUGAAUUUGACAUUGCAGGUGUUGUUUUGCAUGUCGGCGACGUUUAUUUAUGUAGCAGCCAGAAAAGGCAGUGGCUCUUUUUGACAGAUGGAUCUAAAUUUAUCUCAGGCCAGCAGUCCACAGAGCAAAACGAUUGUCUUCUAGCAGUUAGCUUUUCUUGCCCAAUUGCUGGUGACGACUAUGCAUUUUUCAGUUAUGCCCUUUCUGGAAAUACAGUUGGUUUCAGUAAUCUCGUCAAGCGACAGAAAGACCAGAUGAGGCGCUUAUGGGUAGCCGAGGCAACAGAGAGCACCACCUAUACCAUUUCCCAUGAGAUCUCCAAAAGAUCGCAUCUUAAGGAAGCUGCGACAUGUGCUGAGAAAUGGGCUUCAAGUUCUUAUCCUAAAAUUCAGGAGCUAAAGGAAAGGGUUUUGUGCAUAAUUGGUGACAGUGGUGGCUGAAGCACUAUGAGAUAUAUCAUAUAUGAAUGCUGCUACUUUUUUGGAGGUAAUGUAAGAAAAUGUGUCAGGAGUUCUAGGGAAUUUACUAUCCUCCCGGAGAUAGUAACUGGUUGGAGUGCUGGUUGGACCGUUGGAGGUGGUGUUUUCCAAGCUUCCACGACCGUUCCAGGAUGAAGUUUGUGGCAACGGGAUGCUCAUUCGUAAUUACGAAGGGAUAUCCAAGAAUUGAUUUCAUGAUGAAUGCCUAGUGACAAAGCGAUCUAUCAUGGGCUAUGUGCGUUGACAGUACUUCUAUGUGUGCAGGACAUGCGAGGCUGAGCAGGACUGAUGAGCGGAGACUCGCGGAACAAAAGGGAUUUCCCUCGACCAGUAACCACAUUAUUUUUACUAAACAUGACGGCAUCUUUAUGGAGUUUGAAGAUUCGAUGGGGAGCAGCCUUCGGUCCACCGUCUGGUUCAGAUCAUCCAGGAUGAAGUUCCAUCCUGGAGUAGAGCGCGAGCGCUGGGUGUACAGUGAAUUAUCCUGGAGAGUUAGGUCUGUCGCCAAGUGGCCGCCCUGAGGGUGUGCAUUGUCGGGCCGCUCACGCAUGCCGUUUCAUGUACAUGCAUGCUCGACCUUGUAUGUUUAAUACCUUGUCCUAUCAAUGAAAUGCGCUGCAGUGGCUUAGGAACCAUACUGACAAGUGGCUUGCGGGCAUCACGAGCGACAGUGAAACUUUUUUUCUCGUCCUCUUGCUCAGUGGUUGUUCAGUCUGAUCAUUUUGUAUAUCGUUUUCUUUCCUCCAAAUGAGACUGAUGUAAUGGACUAUGCAUUUCUACCCAGCAGGAGUCACAUUGUUACCUUUGUUUAGACA